AUCCAGCCCGGCUUUCAUAACAGCGAGCCGGGGCUGCCAAGAGGAGCUUCUGCACCGGUUCCUCAAAUGUUUCGCGGUUGCCAGGACGGCCCGCUGCUCCGCGUCACGUGCGAGUGGGAAGUCGCGGCCACACAGAGCUGAGCCGCGCCGGGCCGAGCGCUCGCUCGCAGUCGGAGCUGAGUGCGGAGCCCAAGGCGGACGGCUACAGCUCUCGGUGCCCCAGCCGUCCCCUCCCCCGGUCCCCCUCCCUCGGCCUCCUCCUCCAGUCCGGGCUGCCGAGCCGCCCGGCGCAGAAGGAAGCAUGCUGGCCGUCGGCUGCGCGCUGCUGGCCGCCCUGCUGGCCGCCCCCACUGUCGCGCUGGUCCUCGGGAGCUGCCGCCCGCUGGAGGUGGCAAACAAUACGGUGAUUAGCCUGCCCGGGGCCACCGUCACCCUGAUCUGCCCUGGGAAGGAAGCAGAAGGCAACGUCACCAUUCAGUGGGUGUCCUCUGGCUCGCAGCACAGACGGUGGACCACUACGGGGAACUCGCUGCUUCUGAAGGCAGUGCAGCUCAACGACACAGGCAGCUUUUCAUGCUUCCUGGAUGAGCACCUGGUUGGGACUGUGCCCUUGCUGGUGGACGUUCCUCCAGAGGAGCCUAAACUCUCCUGCGCCCGGAAGAACCCCCUUGUAAGUGCUACUUGUGAGUGGUUCCCAAGCAGCACCCCCUCUCCUACGACCAAGGCUGUGCUGUUUGUGAAAAAAAUCAAAACCACUAACCCGGACAGUGGCUUCCAAUUGCCCUGCCAGUAUUCUCAGAAGUUCAGAAGCUUCUCCUGCCAGGUGGAAAUCCUAGAGGGUGACAAAAAUUACCACGUAGUGUCGCUGUGUGUUUCAAACAGUGUCGGAAGCAAGUCCAGCAGCAAUGUGGCUUUUCACAGUUUAAAAAUGGUGCGGCCUGACCCCCCUGUGAAUCUUGUGGUGUCUGCCAUACCUGGAAGGCCUCGCUGGCUCAACGUCAGCUGGCAAGACCCUGAGUCCUGGGACUCACGCUACUACAAAUUGAAGUUUGAGCUUCGAUACCGACCUGUGUGGUCGAAGACGUUCACGGCGUGGCUGGAGACCCAGCACCAGUGCAUCAUCCGUGAUGCCUUGCGAGGAGUGAAGCACGUGGUGCAGCUCCGUGGGAAGGAGGACCUUGAGAUGGGCCAGUGGAGCGAGUGGUCCGCGGAGGUCACCGGCACUCCUUGGAUAGAGCCCCCGAGCACUCCCACAGGGAUCCUGAAGGACCCCACACAGGUCUCUGAUGAAGACUCUGACGACGAGGAGUAUUUGUACAGCCAGCCUGUAAAAGCGACAAGCUUCCCGGUCUCAGGGCAAGAUUCUUCCUCAAUAUCGCUGCCCACAUUCCUGGUGGCUGGAGGAAGCCUGGUGUUUGGGUUGCUCCUCUGUGUCAUCAUCAUCCUGAGGCUCAAGAAGACCUGGAAGUCACCGGCUGUGCGGGAAAGUAAGAUGAGUUCUCCCCCGCCAUAUUCCCUGGGACAGCUGAAGCCGGCCUUCAUCCUGGUUCCUCUCCUCACCUCAGCAGGGUCCCACAACAGCUCCAGGCCUGACAACACCUUAAACCACAGCUGUCCGGGUGUCAGAGACCCGCAGAGCCAGCAAUAGGGACGGCUUAUUCCACAGCUAAUUGUCUGGAUGGGACCUGCAGCUGGUGUCAGAUCAGCACCGCCACUCCAGCUCACCUGGGCCGGCAGUGGCUGGUGGGGUGCAGUUUCCCUUUUGCACGAGAGCCUUGCAGAAGGUGUGGAGGGGUCAGGACUGUGUGCUGCACAUGCUCCGAAGGCAGGGGUUGUGAGGGACGCAGGCCACCAUGAGGACAUAGCCUCCACACCCUCAGGAUAGCCUCAGGUAGGGGUGCCAAAGGUUGCCCUAAUUGCCUAGCUCUGACUCACUCCCCCAACCCACCUUUUAGCUGAAGUCUUGAAAUCCAAGCACCUUUGGCCUUCUCUUUUCCUAGGCCGCUAAGGCUGGGGAGGAACUCAUGCCCACUCUCCUCGAUACCUGGAAAGUCGCUGGAAAAGCAGCUUGUGACAAAUCUCUCAGGGCCUGAUGGUUUAAUCAGAACGAUAUUAAUCUCUUGUAAGACAUUUCAGAUGUGAAUGAUAAUUCUAGGCACUGCUGACUGCAGAAGUUUUCUUUUCUUCUUUGAACUCAGGACUUCGGGAGAAGAGAAGCAGGAAGGAAGGGGAAGGACAGGUCUCCACUGUGCCCGUUGUAGUCCAGGGACACAGCCUCUGAAAACAUGUUUUCUGUCCCCCGCUACUCCCCCAGGGGAAGGUGCUGUUAGUGAGUUCCUCUGCUAGGGCAGAGAGUAUAGCUACUUUGCUCAUACUGGUUUCAACUGGACUUGAGCUACUGGGACAGACAACAUUCAUGAAAAAAGAAAAACUUAAGAAUGCAUUUCCAUUUUGCUUUUACAAAACUGUUGCCUGAACCGCAUGGUGGCGCACACCUUUAAUUCCAGCAUUUGGGAGGGAGAGGCAGGUGGAUGUUUCUGAGUUCAAGGCCAGCCUCUGAUAGAGUGAGUACCAGGACAGCCAAAGCUACACAAAGAAACCUUGUCUUGGAAGACAAAACAAACAAAUUAACAAACAAACAAGGAAGGAAAACUGUUGCCUGUUUCUCUUGAUUCUGGAAGAGGCCACUCAGUGUGUGCUGGUGCGUGAACCACCCAGGAGGUGGGAGAUGAUAGUGGGGUGGGGGAUGGCAGGGUGAUAUAAUAACUUUGUUUAGCACAAAAGCCAAGUCAAGUGAAAAUCAAGAAAAAUGUUUCCUGUAACAGAGAAGACUUCGGUUUCAUUCUGUGUCUUGUUUCUGUCUUAAAAAGUGUACGAAUAGUCUGUGCUUGGCUUCAGGGAAUGAAUGCGGGCCAGGCUUAGGAAAGAAGGGUAUCCACUUCCUGUUUCCUCUCUCUGCCAACGUGGCCUUCCUCACUUCACAUCCAGUCCCCAGUCCCCGCAGAAGCACUGGUCCUCUCUCUCCUCACUUUCCCUUCACUGAUGUUAGUGGUCACCCAGGAGACCACAAAGUGAGCAUUGCAAUCGUUUACCAGAUCCCAACACUUUGCUAGUAGCUUACCUUUUCAGAAAAUGCCACCUCAGGGGACAGGAGUGGAGCCCGGAGGCCACGCUUGUUCUAUCUGCUCCACAGAUCCAGGUGCCACUGCCCUGGGCUUUGUAUGUUUCAGGGCCUGUUGCUGUCAUAGAAAAGGGUUUGUAAGUUGACAAAAAACAGGCAGGUAUUCAUGUUUUUUCCCCCUUUGUUAAGUUUCUGGGACUCAAGAGUCUCAAACGUGCUGUGAUAGGGAGUGAGGGAGUGUUAGAAAAAGCCAUCUGCAGGGAGCAGGCGGCUGAGCCCACGCGACCGCGAGGCUUAGUUCUUCACCUGGCUGUACCCGCACGCCAGUACUAAAGCCAGGCAGAACAAGCUGGUGGAAGAUUGAAAUCCAGAUAACUCAUUAUCUCCGAAAGCUAAGUAGCUUUAAUCCCCAAGUUGUUAUUGCUUUCACUAUUAUUAUAAAAGGCUAGCCCUCCCCCCUUUUUCCUUUUGACUUUUAAUAAGCUAAUGUCAAUGAAGUCUGUUUCAUCUGAGCCCCAGCUUAGCUCAAAGACACAGGUCUAGGCCCUCAGCUGCUUCUGGCCUCCAAUCUGGAGUUUCUGCAGCCCACAGGCCGCCUGUCAACAGUCACUUGACACCCUCAGUCAGGGAUUCGGCAGGCAGAUGUGGCAGCUUUAGACAGGGUUUAAACACAACCUUCGCUGCACGGUGGGAAGAGUAGUUUUAAACUGAGCUUUGAUUCUUAAGGCAUUAGUAAAACAGCUUUACAGUAUUUCAAGGGGCUGUGCACCAAGACGUUUGGAGACCGAAUGCUUUCUCUCUGUGAGUGUGGUCUCUGCAGUUUCUCACCUGGCUGUACGCUCACACUGAGUCUUUGCCGUGUCCCUGAUGUCUUGGGAGAAGGAAACUGGUGUGAAGUUCACAGCUGGAGUUGGGCUGGAGCCAGUGGGGCACAGAGCCCAGCAGGUAGACCAGCUGUGGCUGCGCUCUGCAGGUUUAAGGAUCCCUGGCUUGCCUCCUUUUUCUCCCUAGCAGCUCGUUAUGCCUGACCUAGUUGGAGAGGAUUUCCACACUCAGCUGCAGGUGGAGGUGCUGAGAAACCUAUCUUCAGGGUUACAGGGUUACAGGGUCACCUUUCCCAUGCUGCAGCCUAUGGUGAGGCUGUGGCUGGAAGUGGCAGGCCAGCUGGCUCAGGUCUGGUACUGGUGCUGGGGAGGGUCUGCCAAAGGUCUUUCCAGCCUCUAGUCCUCGCGAGGUUGGGUACCAGUUCCAGGAGUUUCUAUGGCAACCUCGAUGCUUAUUAAGGAAAGCUGUCAUUUUUGUGAAUGUAUGCUCAGAUGGAGAUCUAGUUUGCAGGGGAAGGACUGGGGCUGUGGAGCAAGCUGGAAUGACAGAUUUUCUUGGCUAGAGAUCAUAUCCGUUAAGCAAAAUACCUCAGUGCUACAUGUUUUGUUUCAAGACAAUGUUUUUAAGGUUUUUUACCCAUGUUACCAGCAAGUUGAUACCUAAGCUCUUUCUGCAAAGUAGUGUAAUAUGUCUUUUCAGUGCUUUUUUUUUUGGAUGGG